UCGUAUUAACACCUGUUCUCGAACCUCACCUGAUCUCGAACCUUUCAUAAAAAAGUUGUUUACUUUGCUACGUAAUUGCGUAUGACGUCAUCAACUCGUGUGCACAAAUGUUUUGUAAACAACGGACGCAACUGCAGCUGUCAAACGAAAACAAUGCGCAAGAAACAGCUUCAUCCAGCAAAAAGGUGUCUUAGAAAUGGUCACUACUCACCAACUGCUCUCCAGAAUGCUUACAAAUUAGUCAAAGAGACUGGGAUGCCUAUAAAAUCUGCAGCAAGGCAGUAUGGGGUGCCACAUUCAACCCUCAGAGAUCGUGUGAAAGGUAGAAUUGACCCAGAGACAUUGAAGCCAGGUCCUGCCCCAUUGUUAAGUCAAGAAGAAGAACUGAACUUUGUUGAUCACAUUAAAGCCAUGGCAUCCCUAGGGUAUGGUUACACUAUAACUGAGGUGAUAGCAAUGGCUAGUAAUUAUGCCGUUUGUUUAGGCAAAAGGACACCAGACAAGCCACUUAGUACAAAAUGGUUUAAUGGUUUCAAGGAUAGAUGGCCUGAUUUACGUGUUGUAAGGCCUAGAGCACUUUCAAAUUACAGGGCUGAAUCUACCUCACAGGCUGUUGUUGAUGAAUACUUCAUGAAUUUGAAGGCUGUUAUUGAAGAUAAUGAUCUUAUUGACAAGCCCGAGUGCAUUUACAAUAUAGAUGAAAAGGGUAUUCAAACCGAACACACUCCUCCCUACAUUGUAUCUGGAAACUCAAGAACACCUGCAAUAACCUCUUCUCGUUCUAAUGUCACCACUAUUAUUGGAUGUGGAAAUGCUUUGGGCACACAAGUUCCACCUUUUUUUGUCUUUAAAGGUAAACGUUUCAAUGAAGACCUUUUGAAUGGCUCAACACCUGGUUCUGCUGCUAGUAUGUCUGACAGUGGUUGGUCCAAUUCAAGUGUUUUUCUACACUAUAUGGAAAAACACUUUAUUAAGUACGUACAGAGAGGUGACAAACAGCAGCCAAUAUUAGUAAUUCUGGAUGGACAUAAAACGCAUAUAAAUGUUCCUGUACUGGAUUGGGCUAAGAAAAAUAAUGUAAUUAUGUUCAUACAUACAAGCCAUGUUCUACAGCCACUAGAUUUUGGCUGUUUUUGGGCCCUUACAGGCAAAUGUCACAGGUAUCUUAGAGAAAAUCCCUCUACUAAAGUAACUACUUUACUAUGUUUAAUGUUGCUACCAUUGCAUCAGAAUCAUACCAUAGUGCAUUAUCAAGUGACAAUUUGA